AUGGAGCCUCUUACUACCAGUCAGGGUAGCAACCCCCUGAGGGAGAUAUUGCUGUGUCCCUACUUCCCAGGUGAGACAGGCUGCAUGACUGUAACUUGGACCACAUGGGUCCCAACCCCCUCAGAAGUGCAGUUGUUUGGGCUGCAGCUAUGGGGGCCCCUGACCCUCCGGGCUCAGGGCACCUUCAGCCCCUUUGUGGAUGGGGGCAUUCUCCGGCGGAAGCUCUGCAUACACCGACGAGUCACACUGCAGGGGCUGCUGCCUGGGGUCCAAUAUGUUUACCACCGCGGCAGUACUCAGGGCUGGAGCCGUCGGUUCCUCUUCAGGGCCCGGAAGAAUAGGCCCCACUGGAGCCCCUGUCUGGCUGUGUUUGGGGACAUAGGGACUGACAAUCCUAGGGCCCUACCCCGACUGUGCAGGGACACCCAGCAGGGCAGGUACGACGCUGUUCUUCGUGUGGGAGAAUUUGCCUACAACAUAGAUCAGGACAACGCUCACGUCAGGGACAAGUUCAUGAAUCUCAUUGAACCUGUGGCCGCCAGCCUGCCGUACGUGACGUGUCCUGGGAAUCACGAAGAACUCUACAACUUCUCCGACUACAAAGCUCGCUUCAGCAUGCCAGGGAACAGCGAAGGCCUGUGAUACAGCUGGGAUCUGGGCCCGGCACACAUCAUCCUCUCCACUGAGGUAUAUUUCUUUCUCCAUUACGGCCACCUAGUAGAGAGACAGUUUCGCUGGCUGGAGAGCGACCUCCAGAAAGCCAAUAAGCACCCGGCAGCCCCGCCGUGGAUCAUUACCAUGGGUCACCAGCCCAUGUACUGUUCCAGUGCAGAUUUGGAUGACUGCACCUGGCAUGAAAGCAAGGUUCGCAAAGGCCUCUUCGGCAAGUUCUAUGAGUUGGAGGAUCUUUUCUAUAAAUACGGGGUGAACCUGCAGCUGUGGGCUCACGAACGCUCCUAUGAAUGCCUGUGGCCAAUUUACCACUACCUUGUAUUUAACGGCAGCCGAGAGAUGCCCUACACACACCCUCGAGGCCCCGUCCACAUCAUCGCUAUAUCUGCCGGUUGUGAGGAGAGGCUGACCCCCUUAACCCUCUUCCCACGGCCCUGGAGCACCGUGCGCAUCAAAGAGUACGGGUUCACACGGCUACACAACCUCAAUGGGACCCAUGUCCACAUCCAGCAGGUGUCGGAUGACCAGGAUGGGAAGAUUGUGGACGAUGUCUGGGUGGUGAGACCCCUGCUUGGCCGGAUGAUGUGCCUCUGGGAAUGGAGACAGCUCUCAUCAGGAACCCUGGGCCUUGCUACCUAG